GUAAAAGUUAAUACUGUGCAGUGGGCGAUAUAUGUACAAUACAUAUUACUUAGCGGUCCCAUAACCCCUUACACCACUGCGUAUCGGCACUACUGUACCCAAUAAGCUUUCCAUACAGCAACACUUUAUUGUUUCACUGUCGACAUAUCAAUGGCUGACGGAGCAUUACUAAAAUCCAGUGUUAGUCUUCGCCCUAUUACUUCGGUCUUUAAGUUCCCAGUGGAGCUCUUCGAGAAAACAUCACAGCAAUCCUCAACGACAUAUACGGCAACCGUGAAAUUCGCAGUGACGGAUGCGGAAAAGCAUUUCGGUAUCCCGACAGUAUCUUGGAGAGUGACACUUAUGACCAAUACCACCCCGAACACCGCCUUCUACAAGAUUGUGCCAGCCUGCAGCAAGGAGCUGCUUGUCAGCGAAAUGCCGCUGCGUAUUGAGUGCUCCGUUAGCGGAACUGGUGCUCAAUACGGGGAUGCGUAUGAAAUAACCAUUGAUCCGAAAGGGUGGGCAGACGUUAUGGUCAAUCGAACGGAUUUAUCCAGUCGUUCUUUGUCGAUGCUUUUGCAAAGCAUCAGCUAUGAUUACUACGGAACGGAAAGGUAUGUAUUGUAUGAAGGGAGCGUUAUUUACGUGAGAGUAGUGUUCUACCCAGCGAAUUCCGAUCAUGAAUUUCUGCCCGCGUACCAGCACCGUCUGGUAACGCGAAUCGGUGCCUUACUGGAGAGUGGGAAGGUAGCGGACUGCAAACUGGUCUCCCGGGAUGAACAGCAAUUUACCGCGCACCGUGCCAUAUUGGCCGCACAGUCAUCGGUGUUUGCUGCCAUGUUCGAAAACGAGAUGAAAGAGAAGUUGACGGGAGAGUGCGUCCUGAAAGAUAUCGAUGGGCCCGUUCUGCAGGCACUCCUGAAAUUUGCCUAUUCAUGCGCUACGUCGCAGCUUCCGCCUGCAAGUCUCCCGCAACUGUACGACGCUGCGGAUAAGUACGAUAUGGAUGACCUGCGAGUGCACUGCGAGAAAAAGAUGAUCGAUGCCAUCGACGUGGAGAAUGCCAUGCACUAUCUGGUAUUUGCCAAGGAGCGAGGUCUGCAGGAUUUGAAAUUUACGGCGGCAAAGUUCAUCGGGGAGCAUGCCAGCGACAUCUAAUUCAUUUAAUGUAGUUGAUAAUAAUGGUUUGAAAAGGUACGAGCACACGAGAGCGGCGUAAUUUACAAAGAGUGUCGCAUCCAAGUGUUUACAGCUGAGAGAAAAAACCUAAUAGAAAAUGAUUCCUAAACAUCCGAAAUUUGCCGGUUAUCAUCAUAGCUGAAGCGGUAAGACUAGCUUCAUUGUAGCGUCUGUAAAACGAAGAUAAAAUAUCUGAUUUUAAUAUCAUCUGUCGAGAAGAAAUAAAGUGCAGAAC